AUGAAGGCUUUUGUUACAUCAGGACUGCUGCUGCUGCUCAUAGAUGGGAUGUGGAGGUGUUCUGGACAAGAGCCAGUAUCAGUGGAAUGCAGUUAUCUUAAUCUCCGUGUUAAAGCUAAAAGGGCACUGUUUUAUCCAGAUGAACGUGUAGGCCCUACUGAAUUAUUCCUAGGAACAGGCUGUGUGGUAACUCAGAUCCGACCAGAUGAACUUGAGUUUAAUUAUUCUGUCAGUUUGUGUGGGAUUGUUACAGAGACAGCAUAUGAUAGAACUGUCUUUUAUACCUGGCUCACCUAUAAACCCAGGCUUUUUCAUAUUUCUGCUGAACUUCCACUGCAAUGUGUGGUUCCCAGGUCAGUACAAAACACACGUUCUCUCCUGGAGUAA